AUGGUUAAGAACCUGCAACAAAUUUCCAGCUACUGUUCUGUUCGAGAAAAUGCUGCUGGUGUGAUCGAGGAAGUAUGUGAUAUCUGUGAUGCAUCUAGUAAAAGUCGAGCACAUCCUGCUUCAUAUCUAACGGAUUUGAACAAUUCACAAAAUGUGACAUGCUGGAUAUCCGAACCGUCCACCGAUUAUCCACACAAUGUCACACUGACUCUAUCACUGGGCAAAAAAUACGAGCUAACUUACAUUUCAAUGCAGUUCUGCAAUCGUCUUGCUGACUCCAUGGCCAUUUAUAAAUCAAUGGAUUUUGGAAAAACCUGGAUUCCAUUCCAGUUCUAUUCGACUCAGUGCAGAAAGGUUUAUGGACGUAAUCCAAAUGUUCAAAUUAGCAGACAUAACGAGCAGGAAGCAUUGUGUACUGAUGCCCAUGCACUUACUCCAAUGGCGAGUCGAGUUGCAUUCGCAACUCUGGAAGGUCGUCCCUCGGCAUUUGAAUUUGAACAGUCGCCAGUGCUUCAAGACUGGGUUACCGCUACUGAUAUACGCAUUAUUUUCAAUCGACUUAGUCCUGAUCAGGCGGAAUUGUAUGGUUUAACGAACGAAAUGGGUGUGAAUAUAACAAAUAUGGAUCGACUGAAGCAGCGUUAUUACUACUCAAUGGGUGAAUUAGCAGUUGGUGGUCGUUGCAAAUGUAACGGGCAUGCCUCCAGGUUCAUCAGUAAUACAGUCUUAAUCAUAAUUAAAAGCGAAUGA